AUGAGAAUUGGACUUAAUAGCGUGUUAAUAAAUAACAAAAUUUUUUAUUUCGCUGGCGAUCGUCAUGAAGUUUUCUAUCUUGAUUUAUUAAAUUCUUUAAAUACUUCUUAUACCGAAUGGGUAUCUGUUGCUGAUAGUCCUAUCAGUAUUAAAUAUUCAACUUCAGUUGUUAAUAUAAAUGAUUCAACUGUAUUUCUAAUUGGUGGAUUAAUGAAAAAUCCUUAUACGGGGGAUGAUGAUUAUUCACAUUUUGUUUACAAUUUUGAUUCAAAAAACCUUAAAUGGGGAACUCCCCAAAUUAAAGGUGAUUUACCUUAUGGACUUAAAAGAAUGCAAGCUGUUAUCGACAAUUCUGGGUUAAUUUAUAUUUUUGGUGGAAAUAAACCCCUUAAUUCUUCUAUUAACGACGACAUUAAAAUGUGGUAUAAUGAUAUGAAUAUAUUGAAUAUAAUUAAUAUGACUUGGAUAACUUUAAAUAUUUCUCUCAAUAAUAUUCCUCCAAAAAGAUCAGAUUAUUCUGCGACUUUAUUAUCAAAUGGCUUUAUUGUUUAUAUAGGAGGAAGAUUUGAUCCUAGUGAACCUGUAAUAACUUCGAAUCUUAAUGAGAAAACUCAAGGUGCUCAAAUUGAUAUUCGCUCUUAUCAUUCCGAUGUAUUAAGUGAAAUCACAAAUGCAAAUAGUUCACCAACAAAUACGAAUAAAAAUAUUUAUCUACUUGAUAUCCAAACGUUUACUUGGAGUAUGCUAAAAAAUAAUAAUAGUUCUAAUGUAGAUUUUUAUAAUCAAAAUGAUAAUUAUUUAUUAAUAGUUUUAUAUGUGGAAAUUGAAGAAAACUCACAUAGAAACCAAAGUAACAAGAAAAACCCUCCUCCUACUCCUAAUCCAAUUGCCAAAGCUGUCACAUUAGUCACAGUGGGCUCAGUGGUGAUAGUAGGAGGGAUAUAA